AUGCACCGCAAGUUCAGACCAUACUCGUUCCACAUGCGGUUUCUGCGAGGUUCGCGAACGUCGCCAAUGGCUGGAGGUGGAGGUGGAGGAGGAGGUGGAGGUGACGAGGGCGGGGGAGAUGGCGGAAAGGGAAAGGAAGUUCCUGCUUACGUGAAAUUCACUGAAAAGCUGUCGAGCCCUUUCGCUUAUCUCGCGCUCACUCUCCCUCUUCUCUCGCCUCUCGAGUUUCCUCUUUCGCACUCACUCGCUCUCGCUCACUUACCCUCCCAGUCACUCGCCCUCUCGUUCGCUCGCCCUCUCGUUCGCUCGCCCUCUCACUCGCUCGCCCUCUCAUGCGCUCGCCCUCUUACUCCCUCGACCUCUCACUCGCUCGCUCCUCUCUCAUUCGCUCGCGCCCCUCUCACUCGCUCGCGCCCCUCUCACUCGCUCGCGCGCCUCUCCCUCGCUCGCAACCCUCUCACUCACUCUCGCCCUCUCCCGGCCCUCUCUCUCCCUCCCGCCCCCCUUGCUCUCUUGUCCCCCCUUGCUCUCGUCACCACUCUCUCACCCUCGCUCCCCCUCUCUCUCACUCUCGUCGCCCCUCGCUCACUCUCGUCGCCCCUCGCUCACUCUCGUCGCCCCUCGCUCACUCUCGUCGCCCCUCGCUCACUCUCGCCCCCUCACGCUCACUCUAGCCCUAUUUCACCUGCUCGCCUGCAUUCUCCAUUUAUCCCUUUCUCCCACUUUCUCGCUCCCUCCUGCCCUGUUGAUUAG